CAGUCACACAGAUUGACAGCACACUCAUAUUAUCCCGGAUUCAAACGUCUCUUGGCACGGUUUGGGUGCAAACGUGUGUUUGAUAACACAUAUCCCGUUAAUCCGAAUGAUUAUAAGAGUUUACUUUGGAUUUUUUUUGCCUAAUGGCCCAAUAAAGCAUUUUAAUGAGUCAUUGUGUUCUUCUUACUGGUUCGAUUUUAUAGAAUGGGGAUCCAGUCCUCUCUGAGUAUUAGAGCAUGCACAAAUUACGCCCCCAAAUGUUUCACUUUUAGAUCCAGUAACAAAGUAAUGCACUACUUUUUGUAGGUGGCGAGUCCUGAGCUGCUGUGAUCAUGCGCGUUUGUUGUCACGCUCUUUGGCCAGUGCGUCUUUUGCUCCGCACCACUUUGAAUCAGUGCAUCUUUGCUCUGUGGGUUCAGUGACGCGCUCUGCUCCGAUCACCGGACAGCUUUGAGGAUUUUAGUUGUAACUUUAACCUUUAAGAUGGAUGGAUUUUUCCACAAGUCCUCAUUCAGCAUCAGCAGCCUGUUGUUGAGACGAGAGGGAGUGAUGGGUGACCAGGAGUCUCCUUCUCCGUCCCAGAAGCUGCGCUCCGCACAUCCAGAGAAAUCCAGUCAAGAGGAAAACUUUGACAAUGAAAAGAACUGCGAAAACCCAAAACAGUGCACUAAAGUACAAACCAAACCGGUGAAUGCAAACGGAAAACGAGAAGGAAAUAAGGGAGAUUCAAAGAAAUGCGGGGGAGCAGAAGAAAACGUUAAACCUGAGAAACCUCCUUUCAGUUAUAAUGCGCUCAUCAUGAUGGCGAUCCGCCAGAGCCCGGAACGACGGCUCACACUCAACGGCAUAUAUGAGUUUAUCAUGAGCAACUUUCCAUACUACCGUCAGAACAGACAAGGAUGGCAAAAUUCAAUCAGGCACAACUUGAGUCUGAAUAAGUGUUUCGUUAAAGUGCCGCGCCACUAUGAUGACCCGGGUAAAGGCAACUACUGGAUGCUGGAUCCCUGCAGUGAGGACGUGUUCAUAGGUGGCACAUCGGGGAAACUCCGGCGCAGGGCCACAGCUGGCUCCAGGACCAAGCUUGCACUAAAAAGCGGAGGAGGUCGUCUGAUGUCCUCCAGCACUGCAACCAGCGUGACCUUGGCCGCAGCGGGUCCAUUUUACUGGCCGGUGCCGCCGUUUCUGCCUCUCCAAACGCCAGUGCGCACCCACCUUGGCGCAGGGACUUAUCUGAGUGCUCACCCCCGCUUCCCCAACCACGCCACAUCGCUUGUUUCACAGCGGUCCCGGUUGAGUGCAACAAGUCCUGCAGACGCCGAACAGUUCGUGCAGACGCACCAGGAGAUGUCUUACAUUGGAGUCAGUUGCGCGCAAUCCCGUCGCCAUCAGAUUGGCACUGCCUGCACCGCUUUCUCCACAUCCAUCCCCGCAUGCACCCUGCCGCUGUCGGAUCCGUGCUCUUUUAACAUGAUCUCCGGACAAGCCAGCUACUUUUACUCUCACCAAAUACCAUGUGCCGCAACGUUUAGUCCGUGCCAAGAGGGGUGCGCCACGUCCAAGACGUCUCCGGGACAGUUUUUAUCCAAGAACGCUCACUCUGACCUCGGGGGAUGCUGUACUGACUUUCCAAAUUACUGUCCUCAAGUCAGUUCAAGCCCUCCUUCGUCUUGGAAUAUAGAAAAAUAGAGUAACAGUCAUAGUACCCAAUAUCUAAGAUUUUAAAUAUUGCUGUAGAAUUAAGAUUAACAAAGGUGGCGAGUAAAAGGCCAGUACAUCCUACUUAAACGAGAACCUGCAAACUGGAAUUUCUUGAGUUUAUGAAAAGCCUGUUAAAAAUAUCCCGCGAUAUUUCCCUAAUCAUUUCUUUGUGUUACUGUGAAGGAUAUCUAAAUUGAAAUGGGAAAUGUUUUGCACUAGACUUGUAUUAUUUCAUCAGAACGCGUGUUGUGCACUUUGUGUCAAAUUAAGCUGACGCAUUAACAACAUGCAGGGUCUCACAUUUAAAUUUAAGCAAAGGCUUCUUCUAACUAACACUCGCCAUGUCCAAAAAUGUGCAAAAACAUGUAUUUGUGCAUUAGUUAUUUUAAAACACAGAGACAGGUUCAAAUUAUCAUUUAUAAAAUGUAAUUUUAGCCGUUUGGUCUGCAUCUGUUAACCGAAACUGUUUUAGAAACAAUGUUCUCCACUUAGUUAACUUCUCUCAUGAAUUAUUUUCCACAUAUGUGUGUGCGCUUGUCAGUAUAGAAACUGAAGUGACGUUUGCGCGCAUGUCACUGUUUUAGGCCUGAUGCCAUCACCUGGAAUUAUCUGCAUAAUACUGAAAAAUGUCAAUUUAAAAAUGAAAUAAAAUUAAAAUUAAAAUAUCA